AUGGCUGAUUCUCACAUCUACUCCUCCUGUCUCGCCGCGGAAGACGUUGCGCGCGGCGCCUGCAUCGUUGCUUGGCCCGCAGACGAACCUUACACCGAGCCAACGUCGGUAGCGCACAGCCCGCGUCAGGCGCGCUUCUACGCCGGUGCCAACUCGGCCACCAACAACAACGGCAGCGCCUUCCAGGCCAGCACGAGCUGUCCAUCCCUGGCCUCGUGUACUUCUAUCAGUCAAGAUGGCCGCUCUAAGAGAUCUAUAUCUCUGCCGAGCAACUCCAGUCGCACCAGCUCCGACGUCUCGGUGUAA